AUGAAUCACUCUUUAGUUCCUUUGUUCUUUUUUAUGAUGCUUCUCGUACAAGCCAUGGCAGGCGGCAUUGACCGAAACUGGUACGACGCUCAUGCAACUUUCUAUGGUGAUGCGGCCGGUGGCGGAACCAUGCAGGGUGCUUGUGGUUAUGGUGAUCUCUUCAAACAAGGAUAUGGUCUUGCGACUACAGCACUAAGCACAACUCUAUUCAACCAUGGACUUACUUGUGGUGCUUGUUUUCAAAUAAUAUGUGUAAACGAUCCUCAAUGGUGUCUAAAAGGUGCAGCUCCAAUUUCAGUGACUGCGACAAAUUUUUGUCCUCCUGAUUAUUCCAAAACCACGGACAUUUGGUGUAACCCUCCAAAAAAACACUUUAAUUUGAGUUAUAAAAUGUUCACAUCUAUAGCCCGAGAGAAAGCUGGUGUCAUCCCUGUUAAAUAUCGACGUGUUCCAUGUGUUAAAAGUGGAGGUGUUAGGUUUGAACUUAAAGGAAACCCUUAUUUUUUGAUGGUUUUGGUGUACAAUGUUGCUAAUGCUGGUGAUGUUUCUCAUGUGAGUAUUAGAGGAUCUAAGACUAGAUGGCUGACCAUGUCACAUAAUUCAGGACAAACUUGGCAUAUCAAUCAGAAUUUGGUAGGGCAAAGUUUGUCAUUUCUUGUUACUACAAGUGAUGGAAAAGCUUUGGAGUUUAGUUUUGUUGCUCCUUCCAAUUGGCAAUUUGGACAAACAUAUGAGAGCAAGCAAAAUUUUUAA